AAAUAAUGGUAAACUUCACCGUUGAUUAGAUAAGAGAAAUAAUGAACAAGCAAAAUAACAUAAGAAACAUGUCUGUAAUAGCCCAUGUUGAUCAUGGCAAAUCAACUCUUACAGAUUCAUUGUUGUGUAAGGCUGGUAUAUUGUCAGCUAAAGAGAGUGGAGAUAAGAGAAUGACUGAUACAAGAGAGGAUGAACAAUUAAGAGGAAUCACAAUAAAGUCUACAGGUGUAUCAUUGUAUUAUGAAUACGAUAUCAAUUACAAUGAUAAAAAAGAAGAGUUUUUAAUAAACUUAAUUGAUUCUCCAGGUCAUGUAGACUUUAGUUCAGAAGUAACAGCAGCUUUAAGAGUGACUGAUGGAGCAUUAGUAGUUGUAGAUUGUAUAGAAGGUGUAUGUGUUUAAACAGAAACCGUAUUAAGAUAAGCAAUGUAAGAAAAGAUUAAACCAGUUGUGAUGAUAAAUAAGAUUGAUAGAGCAAUACUGGAGUUAAAACAUGAUGGUGAAACUAUGUAUUAAAACUUUGUUAGAGUUAUUGAUAAUGUAAAUGUUAUUAUUUCAACUUAUCAAUAAGAAGAUAUGGGAGAUAUUUAAGUACAUCCAGAACUUGGAUCAGUUGCAUUUGGAUCAGGUAAAGAAUGUUGGGCAUUCUCAUGUACAAAGUUUGCCAUGAUCUAUGCUACUAAAUUUAAAGUUGAACCUAAAAAACUUUAAGAAAGAUUAUGGGGUGACAAUUAUUUUGAUGAAGAAGCUAAGUGUUGGAGAAAAGAAAGUGAAGGAGCUUCAGGAAAACAAUUAAAGAGAGCCUUUGUUGCAUUCAUUAUGGAUCCAAUCUGCAAACUUGCCAAUGCUAUAAUGGAAGGUCAUAUGGAAUAGGCUAAUAAAAUGUUUAAUGGUUUAGGAUUAAAACUUACUCAAGAAGAAUAAAGAUUAAAUGGUAAGCAUCUAUUAAAAGCUGUUAUGUCUAAAUGGAUCAAUGCUGCUGAUACUUUAAUUGAAAUGAUUAUUUGUCAUCUUCCCUCACCUAGAGAUGCUUAAAAAUAUAGAACAUCUUACUUAUAUGAAGGUCCUUAAGAUGAUGCUAUUGCUUAAUCUAUGAGAGAAUGCAAUCCUAAAGGACCAUUGAUUAUGUAUGUAUCAAAGAUGGUGCCAACCUCUGAUAGAAGUAGAUUCUUUGCUUUUGGAAGAGUCUUUUCAGGUACAAUAGGAACUGGAUAGAAGGUUAGAAUUAUGGGUCCAAAUUAUGCUUGUGGAAAGAAGGAAGACUUAUUUGAGAAGACAAUUUAAAGAACAGUUUUAAUGAUGGCCAGUAAGGUGGAAUAUAUACCUGAUGUCCCAUGUGGUAAUACUGUAGGUUUAGUUGGUGUUGAUGAUGUUAUAUUGAAAACUGGUACAAUAUCUGAUCAUCCAGAAUGUCAUUUAAUAAGAUCUAUGAAAUAUUCAGUAUCACCUGUGGUUAGAGUGGCAGUUAAGCCAAAGAAUCCUUCAGAUUUACCAAAAUUAGUAGAAGGAUUAAAGAGAUUAGCUAAAUCAGAUCCAUUAGUUCAAUGUACAACAGAGGAAACAGGAUAACAUGUUAUAGCAGGAUGUGGUGAAUUACAUGUAGAAAUAUGUUUGAAUGAUUUAGAGAAAGAUUUUGCAAAAAUAGAGAUAAUAAAAUCAGAUCCAGUAGUAUCUUAUAAAGAGACAGUUUUAGGAUAAUCAAAAAUUGUUUGUAUGGCUAAAUCUCCAAAUAAUCAUAAUAGGAUUUAUGCAUAAGCUGAGCCUCUUCAUAUUGAAUUAUAAAAUGCAAUAGAAAAGGGAGAUAUAACAUCAAAGGAUGAUAAUAAAGGAAGAGCGAAAAUAUUAUAAGAGUAAUAUGAAUGGGAUAAGGAUGAUGCUUUAAAGAUAUGGACAUUUGGUCCAGAUAAUUCAGGUCCAAAUAUUUUGAUGGAGAAAACAUCUGGAGUAUAAUAUAUGAAUGAAAUAAGAGAAUCAAUGGAAAGUGCUUGGUAAUGGUCAACAAAAGAAGGUCCAUUAUGUGAAGAAAAUCAAAGAGGAGUUAGAGUGAAUAUUUUAGAUUGUGUAUUACAUGCUGAUGCUAUUCAUAGAGGUGGAGGAUAAAUAAUCCCUACAGCUAGAAGAUUGUAUUAUGCUUGUGAAUUGACAGCUUAACCUAGAUUAUAAGAACCUAUCUUUUUAGCAGAAAUCACUGUUCCUGUUGAUUCUACAGGUGGUGUAUAUAAUUGUUUAAAUACAAGAAGAGGAGUUAUCAUAGAAGAAGAACAAGUAGCAGGAACACCUCUAUCAUUAAUCAGAUCAUAUUUACCUGUUGCUGAAUCUUUUGGAUUUACAGCACAUUUAAGAGGUUUAACUCAAGGAUAAGCAUUCCCUUAAUGUGUAUUUGAUCAUUGGGCUGUUCUUAAUGGUGAUCCAUUUGAGGCUGGUUCAAAAAUUAAUGAAUUAGUCCUUAACAUUAGAAAGAGAAAGGGAAUCAAAGUUUAAUUACCAGAUCUUAACGAUUAUCUAGAUAAAUUGUGAG